AUGUUUAGACAAAUCAUAACAUCGAGUGUCACCAAACCUCAAUUCAUACUCAGACAACAUCAACAACCAAUACAAAUAACCUUGAGACAAUCAUUAUCUUCAGCAUCAAGACUUUAUAAACCUGCUGCUGCUGCUCUUAAUGAGGGUAGUGACUAUUUAACCACUGCUGGAUCUAAUCAAUCUUCAUGGCCAAAGGGGUUCAGAGUCCCAAGACCUAAAACUUGGGAAGAAAGUGGUGAAAGUGCAUUAAGUAAAGCUACUAAAUUUUUCUUUUUAAGUGAAAUUGCUAGAGGUAUGUACCUUUGUAUGGAAAUGUAUUUUAGAGCUCCAUAUACCAUCUAUUAUCCAUUUGAAAAGGGACCAAUCUCUCCAAGAUUCAGAGGUGAACAUGCAUUAAGAAGAUAUCCAAGUGGUGAAGAAAGGUGUAUUGCAUGUAAAUUAUGUGAAGCUAUAUGUCCAGCUCAAGCCAUUACUAUUGAAGCCGAAGAAAGAAUUGAUGGUUCAAGAAGAACUUAUAAAUAUGAUAUCGAUAUGACUAAAUGUAUCUAUUGUGGUUAUUGUCAAGAUUCUUGUCCUGUGGAUGCCAUUGUUGAAUCACCAAAUGUUGAAUAUACCACUGCUACCAGAGAAGAAUUAUUAUAUAAUAAAGAAAAAUUAUUAGAAAAUGGUGAUAAAUGGGAACAAGAAUUACAAUACUGUAUUGAUGCCGAUGCUCCAUACCGUUAA